GUUUUAUGGUUGAUUUUAUUAUUUGUUGUGGUUAUGGUUUUUGUAGCUUUUUUUAUUUUAGGUGAGCGAAAGGUUUUAGGCUAUAUGCAGAUUCGGAAGGGUCCAAAAAAGGUUGGUCUGUUUGGUUUAUUGCAGAGGUUUGCAGAUCUCUUGAAGUUAUUUGUUUUUUUUCAGAAUCGGAUGGGAAUAUUGUGUGAGUGUAAUCGUACUCCUUUAGAUUAUGCUGAGGCUGAGAGGGAGUUGGUUAGUGGUUUAAAAACGGAGUAUUGUAAUGUUCCAUUUACUUGUUUAUUUGCUUGUGAGUAUUUGAUUAUGGUUAUUUUUUCUUGGGUGUCUUCUGUGUUGUUUUGGGGGGGCUUUUUGAUUUUAGGGUUUUCUUUGUUUCAUGUUUUAUUUUUUGUUUGGGCUCGAGCAACACUCCCCCGUGUGCGUUAUGAUUAUUUUGUUGGUUUUAUGUGGCGGUGUGCUAUUCUUAUUUUGGUUUUUUCCUUUUUUUUCUUGUUGUAG